AACAGGAAGCACCAGUGCACAUUUUUCCUUGUGAUGAAGAGAGAAGUUAAAACAUGAUUGCUUGUACCUACCGAAUCCUCUUUCUGAUGUCUGUCCCUGCAAGUGCCCAUCUGUUUUCAAGCGCCUGCUACCACCAUCCCUUCUGCCAUGUGGUUAGAGACACGCUGGAAGAACAUCCGCCAAACCUUGCUGCUUCUGUUCACCGCUGCUCUUCUCAUCGGGGUCACCAUGCUGGCCAUCUCCUCUAACAUCAACCCAGUAGGCUAUUUCUUCCUCGGGGUAGGGGGAGUGUGCCUGGUCGGCUAUUUGCUGAGUGUGUUUGUCGAGUGUUACCUGAGGAAUCAACACCGGCAUGACGCAAAUGAAAUGCCUCCAAACAGGCAAAGCCAAGCAGGGGUGAACGCUGCCUACGAAGCACCUACCUAUGAGGAGGUGAUGACCAUGUCAGCUCCAGCAAUAUGGACAAUUACAUCCAACCCAGGCUCCGUGCCCUCGCCGCUGAGCGAGCCUCCCCCGUACAACGUCGUUAUUGAAUCCUCUGCCCAACGAGAGAUGAUGGCAGAGGCUCUCCGGGGGCCAGCGCCACCAGACACAACACACACCUCACAGACAGACACGGGCUCCAGGAUGCGGCUGCAGCUGGUGCUGCCCCCAAGACUGCAGCGGUUUGUUUCGGACAUCCAUGAGGAGAAAAACGUCGAAGAAAGGUUUGAACCACUGGAGCCACUCACUCCGCCACCUGCUUAUGAGACUGCCAUCAGUGAUGAGGUCUUUCAAGAUGCUCACCAGCCCUCUGCAUUAGGACUGAUUUCGCCUUUCAUGAAUACAGAAACAAACCCUCACCCCACUACAGGAUGCUCCUAAGAGGGAUGGUAAAACGGCUGAUAAUGUUUUCCCUAAAAGUUUGUCUCACCAUUCUUUGAACCAGAAUUGAACUACAGGCACAGCUUCUGCUGUUACUAGAAGCUUUUUGCACAAAAUAUAAAUCAAUGCAAUACCACACUGCUUUGUCUUGGCAGAUACAUAAAAGUACUGUGAGGAAAGAGGUGUUAUGUAUGUCAACAUUCUCCAACUAGAGAUACACCUGUAUGGGAGAGGAGAAGUAAAUCCUGAGAGGAAAUAAGGUUGCCAAAAGACCUCUGAAGAAGGACGGUAGGAUGCAGCUGGAAAAAUCUGCCUGGGAAAGGGGAGGAAUAGAAACAACACUAAGCACAUUCUGCCUGUGCAUUGCAAACACCAAUAUCGCUGAGUGCUGUGUGGUCAUCAACCUUGAAAUCCCUACAGAGAGAACAAGCCUGUGCUCCCCAUGUUGCUGUUUUGCAGCAACACAAAUUUAUGGUCUGAGCUGUUUGUUACCAUCCCUCUGCCACACCUGCUCCACAUUCUCAACUGUGCUACAUAGGAGUGUGACUGAGGGGAGAGUGUCUGACUGCAUCUGGAAGCUGCUCCCACCUGAUACCUGAACUUAGGGUUGAAAAGCUGAUAGUAUGCAUCAAAUGACUUCUGCUGUUCACAAAGUUCUCAUCCCACACAGCCAGUGGUGGACAAGAGGGAGAUAAGUUUUCCCCCUGCAAGAGAGGCCAGCGAUGGGAUACAUACACAUGUAAGCAUCCUCUGCUUGGACUUCAUGGCUCUACCACAGGGCGUAUGUCUGCUGUUUUACAGAUGUGUUCUUAAUAGGUGGCCUGAGACACUUCAUUGUCAUCAUGCACAGAAAGGCCAAAGCUCCUCCAGCUCUCUGGGCUCUGGUAAGGUCCAAUUUGCCUGCCAAGGCAAAGGAGCACCUGAGGACAACAGUCCCAAGACACAUUUGGCCUUCAUCAUGAUGGUUCUAGGCUGUAGGCUGGUUCUAGCUCUCACUGAUCAGUGACGCUGCGCCU